UAGUUGACGUUCCCAGACCGGAAAUACAUUUCAAAACAAAUCACACGGAAUUUUGGCUCUUCAUUUAUACAUAAAGUGUGCCUUGCCUUGUUUGUCCUAAAGUUAAGUUAAUUUUGAAAUUAUUUAGGUAUUAUGUUAAAAUAAAACAUUCGCAGAGGGGCAAAAAAACUGUUAAUGUUAGGACUAAUCUAAACUAGGAGCUUUAGCUCACGCUAAUUUGUGCGACUUUUAUUUUGAAGUGGAGUUUUUCUGUUUCCGGCGGGGUUAACGGAAGCUUACUGCAGUUGUUUUGAAAGCUGUGACACCAGCUGAGCGGCACUGCGGACCUAACUGAGGAUGACGACCUGUCAGUGACGGCCUCUCCCCGCCCGCUGGGAGCACAGCUGCUGCGGUGAUAACAGCCGGGGUUGCCCUUGACUCGCGCCGGGAGAGGAGGAGGAGGAGGAGGAGGAGUUUGGGGGGUGAAGCCGGGCAGGGACGCGCUGUGUACUUAUGGAAGUGACAUUGACCGACCCUCGUUGGCAGGACUGUCGGGGAUGCUGUCCGGUCUCUGCAMAGUGAUCUCAUCCCAGCCGGCCGCGGAGCAGCAGCGUCCCGCAGACGGAAGCAUCCUGACCGCUGGAGCUCCGCUGGUCGAGCUGAGGAGGCCUGAACGCUCCGGAUUAGAUGGUGUCAGAAGGCAAGUGUUCACGACUAGAUAAACCAAGUGUCCGGAAGCUGUCCUGCCUGCACUGCAGAUAAGCUGGAGCUGCAAGCAUUCUUUUCUUGCAGCUGUCUUUUUUUUUUGGGGGGGGGGCCUCUUAAACUAGCAGGGGGAGUAAAUGCUCAGAUGAAUUAAACAUAUGAGCAUCAGCCUCUGAACUGUAGAGUUUUAACCCUUAAGCUUAAAAAGAUUAAAAUAAUGGCUGACCAGGAGGAAGCUGAGCUGUCAGAGUCUCUUCAGAAGGAGGAUGGGUUUUCCAGUGAAGUGGAGGAGCCGGCCAGCAACUUCAAAUCUCAAAGUUUGCCUGUUUUAAAUGAAGCAGGGCCUCAAGAGAACACGCUGCUGGAUAAUACGGCUCGUAUGUCCAUAACAGCAGAGGAGAGCACUGAAUUCAUCCAGCUGCCAACCAAGACCGAGUCUUUCCAGCCCGAGUCCCCUACGAGAGCGAACUACCUGCCAAAGCCAGGGAAGGCAGCCCUGAACAGGCCAAGCUCCUACAUGGAGAACACUGAGAUCCGGAGGAGUAAAACCCUGGCCAGGAAGAAGCCGCCGAGCUUCGUCGCUUCAAGACUAGCUCAGAUCCGCCUGCCCAGCAGAAAACACCUGAGAGUGAUCUUACAGGACUCCCGCUGCUUCCUGUUCUGCAUGUGCUACCUGACCUUCAUCCAGUCCCUCAUGGUGUCGGGCUACCUCAGCAGCGUCAUCACUACCAUCGAGAAGAGGUACAGCCUGAGGAGCUCAGAGUCGGGCCUCCUCGUCAGCUGCUUUGACAUCGGGAGCCUCUUGGUGGUGGUCUUCAUUAGCUACUUCGGAGGCCGGGGUCAAAGGCCACGUUGGCUGGCGGUGGGAGGGAUCCUCAUAGCCGUCGGCGCCGCUCUCUUCUCCUUACCUCACUUCAUCUCCCCGGCCUACCAGAUCCAGGAGGUCAACUCGUCCUCGGCCAAUGAGGGCCUGUGCUUGAACAGCAACGCCAGCGGCAGGGACCGGGUCGACAUCGCUUCCUGCCCCAGAGACCAGGACGGCAACGAGCAUCACCUGUACGUGGCGCUGUUCGUCAUCGCCCAGAUCCUGGUGGGCAUGGGGUCCACGCCUAUCUACACGCUGGGACCCACCUACCUGGACGACAAUGUCAAGAAGGAGAACGCCUCGUUGUAUCUGGCGAUCAUGUACGUGAUGGGAGCGCUGGGCCCAGCAGCUGGUUACCUGCUGGGAGGAGUCCUCAUCGGCUUCUACGUYGACCCCAAAACUGUCGUCAACAUUGACCAGAGCGACCCUCGCUUCAUUGGCAACUGGUGGAGCGGGUUCCUGCUGUGUGCUGUGGCCAUGCUGCUGGUCAUAUUCCCCAUGUUCACCUUCCCCAAGAAGCUUCCUCCUCGACACAAGAAGAAGAGGAGGAAAAAGCUGAGUCUGGACGACCUGUCCAGUGAUGACGACGUCCUGAAGGAGAAGAGCAACAACAAAUCCCAGACGGUCACCUCAGCCAUGGGUUUUGGCAAAGAUAUUAAAGACCUGCCCAAAGCGGCAGUGAGGAUCCUCAGCAACGUGACUUUCCUGUUUGUCAGCCUCUCCUACACCGCAGAGAGCGCCAUCGUCACCGCUUUCAUCACUUUCAUCCCCAAGUUUAUUGAAUCCCAGUUUGGGAUCCCAGCUUCCAACGCCAGCAUCUACACCG